AUGGUAAGUCUUUGUCCUGGGUAGAAGCAGCCAUUGCUUGAUUCUCAUUGUCCUGUAUUAUUUAUGUCACAGAUUACAGAGUUUACUUCUGUAAGGGUGUUGUCACCUGUGCGAUGUGUGUGGGUGCAGGGGUGCAGUUAAAUGAAAGAAGGGGUUGGGUAUCAAAAAGACUUGGUAAAGCUUAACCUAGGGGGUAUUUUUAAAUGGUGACAAACUGAGACAGUAGAUGUGGCCCCUAUGCCUGUUAUAACUAUUCCUUUUAGACUUUGAUGUAGCUGAAAGGGCCUAGGUUUAGCCUUCGGGGUUCUGCAUCUCCCAUCACCGAUACAUGUUAACAGCCCUGUACUAUGUAUCCUUUAAUAUAUUGCAGAAAGGAAAUCCAUUUAUUUAUCCCAUAUGGUUCCCAAAUGAACAUGCUUGGAUUAGGCUAAUCUCCUUCUGCAGCAUAUGAAUGCUAUAUACUGAGUAGCUCUUGGUGUGUUUGCCUUUUAAUGAGCAUUUAGAAGUGAUGUUUCCAACAAAAGGUGGGGGAAUCUAAAAACUAUAAAUUGAUGUAGCCUGGAUUGUUUAACUGAGUGUAAAGAACAGUAUCCAGUUCUUAGUGUUGUAUUGCCAAGAUCAAAGCUGCCUAACUUGAUCCCUAUAGGAUCUGCAGGCACCUGAAAGCUUUUAUUAACCCUUUGCGGUCCUAUGUCAGAAUAUAUCCAACAAAUUUAAUUUUACCUCUUGCGGUCCGGUGUCAGAUUUUCCCUGGGGAGUACCGGCGACCCUCCGUGCCCCAAAGAUGUGCAACACUCGCAGGCUAGGAGGUCAUGGUGGUAUGCACACCCUAGUUGCGUGACGUUCCACCUGGAGAUCGCGGAGCGCUGUGUGUAUGCACAAUGCAAUCUCCAAUUCGGGUUUGAAUUGUUCAAUUAAAGAGACCUGCUGGGGCACUAAGUGAAAAUGUAUAGGACCACAAAGAGUUAAAUUGGUUUUCCUUUGUGGGUUUAACCCCUUAAGGACCAAACUUCUGGAAUAAAAGGGAAUCAUGACAUGUCACACAUGUCAUGUGUUCUUAAGGGUUUAAAGUAUUUCACAGAGCUAUGUGUUGGGUAUAUGCUUUCUUCCUUGUACACAUAGCCCCUGAGUAUACUGGUUUCUCACCGGCACCCCUCCUGCUUCCAUACCCACAUACUUCUAGUAUCAUAGUCACUGAAACCUCCCCAUGGUGUAUACAAGUCCAUCUUUCCAGGUAAAAUAUCCUCCUUCCCACACACUCUCUACCGGAAUAUAGCUGGCUUAAUCACUAAACUUGAUUUUUAGCUAAUUGAGACUAAACCAGCCAAGUUGGAGAAUUUUUCCAAAUCUAUUAUUUUGCCCUAAAUGUUGCUUUCUGCAUUUUAACUCGGUACAGUUUGCAGUUUAGUGAAUAAAUCCGUUGCUGUAUCUGUGGUUGGCGACCGUUUUUUACAAUCUAUUUUCUUUCUAUCGUGAAAAACUGGGGGCCAGAUGACCUGAACUUUAAUUAGAGGCCUAGUACAUAAUGAGCUUUCUAUACCUGUUAACCCUCUGACCUAUUGACUGACCACCUAACGUUCCAAUAUCACACCGCAGACUUGGUUAGAAUUGUCCUCUCUGGCCUUGGUACAUAUCUAUUGCUAUGUUGGUUGUUCUGUUAUUUUUUGUGUAUGUGUCACCAGCUUCCUGUGACUAAUUCCUGUUCUGUCUUUGUUGUAUGACGAAGCAUUUGCAUUAUAAUAGAUUCCACAAACUGCAUUUAUUAAACCUGGGUUGGUCAAAUGGUAAAUGCCCAAGCUGUUUUAAAACUACAAAGCUCACAAUACUCUGUUGCUCUAGUGGUGGUAAAGCCUCAUGGGAGUGUAAUUUUUGCUUUUUUUUUUUUUUUUUAUUACCCAUCACCCCAUUAUUAAACUGUACUGUAUUCUAACAUGCCUUUGUACCCCUGCACCAGAGCAGGGGCGAAAAAACCCACACAUUUCUCUAAAUCAAAUUCCCCUGAAAAAGAGAUUAGGUCAGGCAUGCAACCACUGCAUGCCAAAUGGCUGAGUAAGCCUGGUUAUGUACAUAGUUCAGGCCCACUGAGGCAUUCUGUUCAAAAAAUGGCUUUGGCUUCAUUCCUUUAGAUUUCACAAGGCCUUGUGAUUUAAGGCAGGGAUUUGGAUAAACCCCAGUUAACCCGCUGACAUGAUUCUCCCUCCGGGAACAUGGAGAUUUGGGGCAGGUCCAGUGUUACCUCUUAUUUGGCCAUUGGGAGAAAUAAGGAAGACUGUACAGUGUUCAUUGUCUGUAAACUCAAAGGUGUGUCAGACUUCUACAUGUUCCGCCUGUUUCAUUACUUUUGGCAAGCAAUAGCUUUGAUAUCCAUUUUAUUUGUGUGUGUGUAUAUACCCCCUGUGCAAAUUAAAAUAUAGCAAAUUUUAGGCUCACAGCAACUCAUCUGUGAAUGUCUUUAGAUGUACCUACAAACAGCCUUUCCUUAUUUUAUUUUUUCAUUUGUUUCUGGAAAAGGUUACCAUGUAACGUUAUGUAUCGAACAUUUGCACAGCUGAAAAUAUGUAAAUGGAUUUGUCUGUUAGGCCUUGGUAAAUGCAGGGCAGUUUCUUGCAUUGUUCAAUGCUUUUUGUUAAAGGGGAUCCAUUGUGUAAUCAGUUCAUGAUGUGGAAAUGAUCUAAGAAGUGGAUCCCACCCAAGAUUCGCCUCUUGUCAUUGCCCAGGAAAUGUUUGAAGAUUGGCUGGCUGGUAGACACACUCCCUCUUGUAAUGUUUGCAGGACAGGCAAGUGUCUACAAGUUUGUUCCUAUGUAUUUAGGGCUUCUCAAUGUUUCCUGAGUGAUUUUCAGGUGUGUACAGUUGUUGCUAGGAGAGAGAAGGGGAGCAUGUCUGUGUCUAGGCAAGAUUGAGGAGCCCAGAUAACAUAACUUACUGACCUCAAGGCACUUGCCUAGACUAGUAAGUUAGAAAUUUAAGCAGUGAUAUGGCCAAGCCCAGACAGCUCGCACACAAUCCAGAAAGUGUAUUCCUGUUGAAGCUUGAAAUAAAGUGGGGUGAAUUUUGGCAAUAUCUUGAUAAACGUGGAGCAGGCGUGGAGAGUUUUUUGACUGGUCUAUAUGAGCUUGCAAUUCAUUUCCUGUGUUUAUACAGUACAUAAAAUGCCAGGUGUCCACAACAUAACAUGGCGGCCUGUGCUGGCUUGCUUUGGCGGAUUGUGCGACUAUUGCAUGUCUUCUCUGACCACCAUCUCAAUACAUGUCUCUCAAUAGCCUCUACCAUUGGGCAAAUCUUGGUGGUCCAGACAGUCUACAGCAGUUGUUCCCAAAUCGGUUCUCAUAGCCCAAAAAUGGUCAAAGCUUUUUCGGUAUCUGCACAUAACAAAUCCUCCACCGUACAGAGUAUUUUUCAGAAAGCAAAGAAACAAGAUGUCUGCAAAAGGGAAAUGUAUCUGUAUCUGGUGUACCGGUCUCUGUCGUGUGUGUAUCAGUUUGAGAGGGGUUAAAGGGAUACUGUAGGCACACAGACCACGAUAGUGCCAGGAAUACAGUUUUGCCUUUGAGCUCCUAAUAUACGGGGCUUGUAAUACUCCACAAUUCUAGCUUCUAACUAGUUUAAUCAGUGCACCCCUAUUGUGAAUGGCAUGCAAUUAGACUCACAACUGCUUUUGGAGUUGCAUGGAGUUGACAGGGAUGUGUUCAGCGAAUGCAUUUGUGCAGAAGAAUAACUGCUAAUAUGGGUGGUUGUCUUUUAAAUGUGGUAUUCUUUAUUUAUUUUUGUUCUUGGUACACAGGCUCAAAUGUGCAAGACCCCUCCCACAGACAUGGAACGGACCAUGGAGCAGACUAUCGUGAUAUUCAACCGUUAUGCUGGAAAGGAAGGAGACAAAGCCACCAUGAGCUUCAAAGAGUUUGAGACCUUCAUGAAAACAGAGCUUAAUUCCUUCACAGCGGUGAGUGCGUCCAUUCCAGUAGAAAUACCUGGUAUGGUUUGUGUAUCACUCUGCCUCCUAUUCAGCAUUUUAACAAUAAAUAAGGGUCCCUGGCCAGUAACAACUGAGAGCCCCCUCUGGAGAUAUGAUUUAAGAUAUAGAUUACAUUUUAUUUAUUUUGACCUACAAAUUCAUACUACUAGCGAGUGCUGUUAAACUAAAAGUAACCAGUAACCAUCGCCCCUGAAGGCAACUUUGGGGUUAAAUCAUUUGAGAAUGGUUUAACCCUUGGGGUAAGACUGGCACCAUAAUUUCCAUUAGAUGAAGUUGUUUUGGCGCUUGUGUCCCUUUAACCACUUAUGGACCACAUGAUAGUCUAUGCCAUCAUGCACGGUUUUAAGGCCCAGUUACAGCAUAGACUGUCAUGCAGUAAAAGUACCAGCAGGGGUUAAAUCCCUGCUGGUACCAAGGAACCUCCAGUAUCUUUUUAUACUUACAAGAGACCCAAAAUCCAUGAACAGAUCCUUGAGGUACUCCCUCCAUGCUUAACCCCUUAAGGACCAAACACAUGUCAUGUGUCCUUAAGGGGUUAAAUGGAAUUUUGAUCAGUGGCCCAGCAUAGAUGGCAACGCAUUGGGCAUACUAUAUUCAAUGUUGGAUAUAAAGCUAUCAUACUGAAAGUGGCCAGUAGAUGGCAGCAACAUACCACUCUGUUUUUAGAUUCAAAUUCCCUUUGCUAAUAUUAGGAUUGAUAUUAUCAGAAGGAAACCUUUUGGGAUUGGUAUUAAAUAUUGAUUAUUAAUGAUGUUUAGCAUUUAGUUUAUUUUUUAAGAUGCAACAAAGCAUAUGAGAAGUCUGAAAACAGAAGCUUAGAGGAAUACAGUAGUUUGCAAUUCUGUAAAUCCCUGCUCCAGUCUCAAUAGUUUUUGUUCACUUGUGCCAUUUACAGAGAGAACCAGGUAGAUAAGACUGAUCCCACUCACAAGGUCAGUCCACAACUGAAAUGCCAGCAACUUCUCUCUGCAUGAGAGUUGCAGCCUUCUUUGGGCCUUAUAACAGAGGUGUAGCUGAUGUCCCUCUAGGCAUAGUGAGCAUGGGAUUCACGUCUGAAAUACCUUUUUUAUUUUAUUGUGUUUUCUCAUUCAAUAUUUUUGAGGCACAGAGUUUAAAUUGAGGUAUACAGUAUGAAUAUAAUUAAGCAUUCAAGUGCCUAACCAUGGUAAAGUGAUGUAACUAGGAGCAUAUGGAGUCAUAUGCCUUGUAUAGAUUACAUAGGCCUAAUUUUAUAGUGAGACACUGUACGAUGCGAAUAAUCUAAAGUGUUCUUACAUAAUGCUGGUCAGAUGCACUUGUGAAGGGUAAAUAUAAGAAAGUAAUCAGGCUAGAUCUACAAUUUGUUGGAGCUCCAGGGACAUAACCAAAAUGUCCUUUUUGCUCACCAAGGACAUCAACCAUUUAAGAAUUGCAAAAGCUGGACAUAAAAUAGCAGUGAGACGCUAUCAAGAGAUCCAUAGGCUGUGUGUAUACAUGCAGCAAGAGUCUCAGCUGUACGGUUCGCUUAUUCCCAUUAUGGGUAUGAUUCAGUCCCAGCUGAGAGCACCAGCAUAUGGGCCCAGAGCCCGUAGUGUAAUCUGUAAGUUCCUUGUGCACAGUUGUUGCCCUCUUCGUCCUGCUUGCCUUGAAAGUAUUCAGGGCCGACUCUGGCCUGCCUCCCCACCUUGGUGUAACUCUGUCAAAGUGGGCUGCUUUGCAUUUGGAGGUGUCUUAUCCGCCUCCAGAUGAUGAGGAUAUCUGAACACUCAGCCUCCACCAGAACGCUUCAGAUAGUGCGUCCGGCUGCUUUAGACUUUUAGGCGCUUCUCCCAGGGAGUCCGGGGCACAAACCUUUAAAGGAUCACUAUAGGGUCAGGAACACAAACAUGUAUUCCUGACCCUAUAGUGUUAAAACCACCAUCUAGCCACCCUGGUCCCCUCAUGCCUCUAAAAAUAAAGUAAACUCUUACUUGAAUUCAAGUCUGCAGCUGCAUAGUUUGUCCCUGUUUCCUUUAGACCUGCCUGCUGACAUCAGAAGUGGUGGCCUGAGCCAAUCACAAUGCUUCCCCAGAGGACUGACUGAGACCAUAGAUAUGGAUUGAAUCAAUGAAUCUCUGAGGAAAGUUCAGUGUCUGCAUGCAGAGGGAGGAGACACUGAAUGUUUGGAUGCAUUUUUAGGCAGCCGUGACCCAGGGAGGAUCUCUAACAGCUAUCUGAGGAGUGGCCAGUGAAGUUAUCACUAGGCUGUAAUGUAAACACUGCAUUUUCUCUGAAAAGACCAUGUUUACAGCAAAAAGCCUGAAGGGAAUGAUACUACUCACCAGAACAAAUUCAAUAAGCUGUAGUUGUUUUGGUGACCAUAGUGUCCCUUUAACAGGUUAAGAAAAUUGUGGUUUAUUUUAUAUAUUCUAAAAAAAAAAAAAAUGUGUUUUUGGGGUUUUGUUUUUUAAUUUAUUUAUUUCUAUUAGAAUCAGAAAGACCCAAAAAUUCUUGAAAAAAUUAUGGCUUCAGUGGAUGGAGGUGUGGAUGGAAAGAGAGAUAACCAGUUGAACUUCCAGGAGUUUUUCAAUCUAAUUGGUGGGAUGAUGGUGGCAUGUCAUGAAGCUUUACUCAAGGCACCCCCUUCACAAAAGGUAAACUUUAAAUCUGUCUUGUCACUAAACUUCCUGUAAUAAACAUGGAUUGUCCUAUUGUAACUGCUUUUAUGUAUUAAAGGGACACUCUGGACACCCAUACAACUGUAAUACAUGUGAUAGUGCUCCUAGGGCCAAGCUGUAUGUAAACAUUUGAUAAGGAAGUAUUUCUGGCGUGAGGGGGUGUGACUAAGGAGGCCGGCUUAUAGUGCAGCAAUUUUAUUUCUCUCUUCUUGCGCUCGCUCUCUCUCGUUUAACCCAAAGCCUUGAAUCCAGCGCUGUUGAGCCGUGCCCCUGUCUUUUCACUGCUUUAAAUCUUAAAAUGGGAAGCCUCUGACCAAGCAACGCUGAUUGGCUGAGAGUCCACUGAUGGUUUUUAAGCCAGUUAGUAGCUCCCUAUCCACAAAACAGCUUGAGGGAAAAUACUUGCAUAUCUCAUUCUGUUUUAUGAAGGAGCUACCGACUGGCCAUUUUAAAAGGUUUAAUUCCUUGAAGGUAAGCCACUUGGCACCAUAACUCCAUUCCGAUGAAGUUAUGAUGCUGGAUAUUCACUUUAAAGGAUCACUAUAGUGUCAGGAAAACAAAGUGGUUUUCCUGACACUAUAGUGUCCUGAGGGUGCUCCCACCCUCAGGGUCCCCCUCCAGCAGCUUACCUUAUUCCAGCGCCAGGCUCCCUCAGCACUAGUGACCUCUCCUCCUCCGCCGAUGUCAGCGGAGCCGAGUGUGCGGCAAGUGCCACGCGCACAUUCAAGCUGUCAAUAGGAAAGCAUUUUCGUGAUGGAGGCAUAAUAUGCUUCCAGCGUCGCAGAUGCGCCUCUAGUGGCUGUCUAGAAGACAGCCACUAGAGGCUGGCUUAACCCUGCAAUGUAAACAUAGCAGUUUCAGAGAAACUUCUAUGUUUUGCAUCUGCAUGGUUAAAACCCAAGGGACAUUGUACCCAGACCACUUCAGCUGAAGUGGUCUGGGUGACUAUAGUGUCUCUUUAACUAUCAUUUAUAAAGGUCACUGAAAUCUUAUGCACCCAGGAGUUGGUAAGACUUGGCUCACCCCUUUUUCUGCGUCUUACAACUGUGCCAGUGAGUGAGGUUGUUCUGUCUGUCCAUCUAGUGUGCAUUAAAGUAGCUUGACGUGUUUUAACACGUGGGACCGAUGCCAACUUACUUUUUUAAAUCUUACAUGGCAUCCUCCACAUUUCCAAACUGGCCUGUCAUCCUGCUCCACCUGGAACUGUAAUUCUGUUCCAGAGAUAUGUAAUAGUGCUUUAAAUCUCUCAACAGCUUUCCAUGUAGCUCUGAACUGACAAAUCCGUUUUUCACUUUGAAAUCUACACCAUAAUUGCAGCCAAAACUGCCAAACUGGGAAAGGUUUCAAAGUUUGCUAUGUUUUCAAUUUGCCUAUUUGGGAUUAAAACUUGUGGUGAAUUCCCCCCCACUUUUUUAUUUAUUUUUUGCAAAUAUCCUUGAUUUUGUAAAAUCUAGUUCAUUAUACAUAAGCGGAGGAAAGUGUUCCAUUGGAUGGUUGAUAACGAUUAAUAGGGUUUAUUCACUCAACCUUUUUGAUUAAAUGAACACACAUAACUCAUUUCAUGCAACAUUGAAUUUAAAAUGUCAAAAUGACACCCUGCUGGAUUAAACCCAAACUUUUUGUUUUUGGUUUUUUUAAGCAACCAGUCGCAAAAAAUCCCCCUACUGAUAUGGAAAAGGCAAUGGAACAAAUAAUCCGGAUAUUCCAACACUACGCAGGCAAGAAAGGAGACAAAAGUCAAAUGAACUACACAGAAUUUGAGGCCUUCAUGAAAGCAGAACUCAAAUCUUUCACAGAUGUAAGUAUAUCUCCCUGCUUUUCAUCCAGGUGACUUGUAAUAACAAACCUACUAUCACUGCACACAAACUUAGUGGUUUAUUGGGGAUCACAGCACCAUAUAGAUUUAUUAGGAUAUGAUAACCUUUUAACAGAUCUAGACGGAAAUGUUUGUUCCUCCCAACUUGUAACAAAUGUGCAAACCUCUGUUUCCUGGCUAACCAUGGCGGCAUCACUUAUGGGUUUUUUGCGCCAUAGCUGUCAGACCAGCAAUAGUUAAACAAAUGAGAUGGGUUUGUAGUGCUUAUAGUGAAGUGUUGAAGGAAGCUCAAACAACCCAGACCAGUCUCUCUUUUCCGGUCCAACAAACUAUAUAUGAGAUAGGAGAGAACAGCACCUUAAGGGAUUCUCAGGUGGUGUUAGAUAUGAAAUGAGAUAAAAGUAAACAAAUAUAGUGCAGUAUCUCUGAUACAAAUGUGGGGUGGGAAAGGAAAAACACUUGGUGUGAGUUGAAGUAUAAAGGGAACCUCCUCUCUAGGUAGGUAGGUCUUUCUUCUUUUAUAGUUGACAGGCAGUUUUCAUAUUUUGAAUAAAAAAGACCCUUUUUUAGUCUCUGCUACUAUGUGAAGCAUGGUACUGCCAGGGGGAGACUAAACGCUCUUUCCAAAGGAAUUCUGGUUCCUGUCUGGUUGAGAAUUACUAGUUCAAUUUGCUGUCUAGCAGAGCCGCCACAUUGUGGGAUUUAUAUUAAGAACUUUACCUAAUGCAGUGUAUUGAGUUGGCAUAUGCCUGAUUCUCUCCUCUAAACACUGGCCAGGCUGUGGGACUGUGGACGUUAUUGUGGAGAGAUCGGAAGAGUGAGAUUGCCCUCCCUGUGAUCCUCUGUACCCCAUGGCACUCAAAGGUGUUAAAUAACCAUUGAAUUCAUUCCCCGUAUUCCAGCGCCGAGUUUGCUCUACUCGGGCUCCCUUUCCACCACCUCCAAUGUCAGCACGCACAGAAGGCCUCCCUCCGCCCUAUAAGGGACUUGAAGACUCUGGAUGUCAUGCAAAGCAAGAGGACACCCAGUGUUAAUACAGCAGGAAGUGGCUGUCUGGUGGCCACUAAAGGAUAAAGUGGGGAGUUAAGACAAGAGGUAGCAUGGGUAAUUUGGAGGUGAUUGUAGAGCGAUUUUAAAUAAUUGUCGAUACUGGUAACAAUUAAACGGAAUGAAGAGGUGACUGUUUUGUGGGGUUUUUUGGUUUGCUUUUUUUUGUUUGCGUUUUCUGAACUAUUGUAAUCCUGCCACGAAAAAUGGCCAACGAAAGAAAAAUUACAGCAAGCCUAUCUAAAAUAUAUGUCCACUAGGUGGUGCAUUGUAAGCACAAAGACUUAAAGGGACACUAUAUUCAACAUAUAAAAGCAAGAAAGACAGGUCCCCCGGCCUUCUUUCUUGCUUUUUAUAUGAACUUGGCAUGGAGAAAAAAAUCCAAGGUAAGUGUUAAUAAAAAAAAAUUACCUCUGUUCCAGCGCCAAGCUCCCCGCUAGGCCACGCCCCUUUUUAGUCAAAAUGACGAAAUCGCAGGGCCCAAUAGGACGCUUCUCCUUGAAGCAGCACCGCGAUGUGGUGCACUUGUGCGGUUUCGCGCUGCACCAAUUGCGUUCUUCAUAGAGCGGCAUUGAAUGCCGCCCUAUGAAGAAACUUGGCGCUCAACCGCAUAUGCGCGUUCGCAAGCUGAGCUGUCUGACCGCUCAGCUUGCUUUCUAUACCCGCCCCCCUCAUCAGCCAAACUGUGUGUUUGCAUAGAAACAUUAUAUAUAGAGAUCUUUCCCUUUCACCCUUUCUCCCUCAUCCACAUCCAUCCAGUCACGCACUCACUAAGUUUGAAUUCUCCCCUCCUCGGUCUCUGGUCUUCAGCUUGUCCGCUCAAGCCACUCCCACGCAGACAGGAUGCUCGUGCACAGUGCUGCCAGAGCUGCCCUGAGCUCUGCUGACAGCAGAUCUGAGUGAAUUGAGGCGUUUUAUGCCUCAAUCAACUCGGAAGUCCCUCUGGUGGCGGUCUGAGUGACUGCAAUUGGAGGUGUCCCUAGCUUUGAAUGUAAACACUGUAUUUACUCAGAAAAGUCUUUACAUUAGAAAGGCUGCAGGGAGCUAUAGUUCGCGCCUGAACAACCUCAUUAAGCUGAAGUUGUUCAAGUGACUAUAGUGUCCCUCUAAUGUUGUCCUAUUGAUGCUGCACUGUCUCCUGUUUCAUUAAUAAAAUGUUUCCAAACAAUUUUUUUAAGUGAAUCCUGAUCCCCCAACCACCUUGGACAGAAUACUUUCCCUUAUGCCAUACCAACAGUGUGCAAUCAUAGACUGAGAAGCAUCCGAUUUGGAGUACAGCAAUUUGCAAUGCAUGCGCAGUAGCUCACCAGUGCUUAUCUGAGAGGCAUUGGAUUGGAAUGGUCUUACAGUGGGAAUAAGUGAGGGAACUGUAGAACAAAAAAGCCCUUGAGCAUUCUAUUUGUUAGUGUUCCUUUAAUCACAGCAUGUUGUGCAAGUUAGUGAUGGGUAGGGGGUCUAGUAGCAAACCUUGGGUGCAUUAAAAUAAAUAUAUAUCUAUAUCUCAUGUAUUGUUUUGAUCUGUUUACCUCCUAGAACCAGAAGGACCCAAACAUUGUCCGCAAACUCAUGGAAUCAGUAGAUGGAACUGUGGAUGGGAAAUGUAACAAAGAGCUUGACUUCCAGGAGUUUAUGAAUCUCAUUGGCGGAAUGAUGGUGGCUUGUCACGAUUCUUUUAUUGCGCAUAUGAAGAGGGUCUAAAAAAAUCAGCUAUCUUUUUGAUGUAAAGGGGGAAAUGUACAAUGUUUUUCAAUAAAAUGUAAUUUGUAAUGACACUUUUUAAACUUUUUUUUUUUUUUAAACUGUAUUUGAUAUCCUGUAUUGAUGGCAAACUCGAAUUACUUUGAAGGACCACUAUAGUGCCCUGAGGGUGCCCCCACCCUCAGGGUCCCACUCCUGCCGGGCUCUGGGGAGAGGAAAGGGGCUAAACUUACCUUUUCUCCAGCGCUGGGUGGGGAGCUCUCCACCUCCGAUCCUCCCCUUCAGCUGAAUGCGCAUGCGCGGCGCCUUCAGCUGGUCUCAUAGGAAAGUAUUUACAAUGCUUUCCUAUGGACGCUGGCGUCUUAUCACUGUGAAAAAAAAGGGGUUAAUCCUAGAGGGACCUGGCACCCAGACCACUUCAUUAAGCUGAAGUGGUCUGGGUGCCUAGAGUGGUCCUUUAAUCUCUUCCGAAACAUAACUAGAAGUUACCACUAGCCAAAACCUUUAGUGUAUAAGCUGGAUAGAGUUUUGUGAACAAGAUAGUUAGAAUUCGAAGUGAACGUUAAAUUUCAAGGUCAAAGUAGCUAAACUAGACAAUUGUCUUGUUCUGGCUAUAUUGAUCUUAAAUGUGGAAUUCAGGGUGAAUUCUAACUGGAUUUAAAUAAUCCUUUUAUAUUUUAUCUGUGGCUAUCUGCCUACCCCCAGACACCAUGAAUUUUAAUACAUUAAAGGGAGGCCACAGAGGCUGGAUUAACCCUCAGUGAAACAUAGCAGGGUUAAAACUAGAGGGACCUGGCACCCAGACCACUUCAUUGAGCUGAAGUGGUCCUUUUUAAGAAUCUAUGUAUGGAGAACCUUAAGGGUUACUGCCAAAGAACACCCCAAUAUGUGUUAAUCAACAUCUUCUGAGUACAGUGAUACCACCCAUGUAUAGGUGUGUUGGGUUCUUUGGGGCUAAAAGACCUUAUUUGGAGAGUGCGCAUUCCAGUUUUCCAAUCUGGACUUUCCUCAGGAUCAUAGACAAACACAUAGCAUUUAAAAUAAUACAUUUUAUAGCCAAAUAAUUGGAAGAAAAAGUUUUGGGUUCUCUCCUACUGUUGCACAACGAUGCCCUAUUUCUGUCAGUGGCCUUGUGAGAAACUGAGAUGAGGGGGGUGGACGCUGAACAAACUGGAGAGGUGUGCCUAACCUUACACUCAACUUUUUAUAGUAAUUUUAUGAACUUUUUAUAUUUUAUUUUUUUGUAAGCACCCCACUGUAUCAUAUGCAACAUGGCAUAUACCACGCACUCAUUCUACUGUAAUAACUCAAGGUUGGGUGCACACUAAACUAUAUUACACAAGCCACAGCAGUGCAGUGCAAAUAUGUUGGUGCUAUAUUGAGUAAGUAAAAAGAUAUUCGUAAAUACACAAAGUGGAUGCAAGGAUCUUGCAAUCAAGUGAUAGGACAUGAUUCUAGAACUGUAAACGUAAACUCUGAUCCAUGAUUUUCUACGUUAAUUAUAUACUGAAAGAGUCACUCUUAUGAACUUACAACUGAGAAAUAAAAGUGAAGCACUUGUCCCAGGAGCUUACUGUCUAAUAUAAUGGAAGAUCCUGUCAAACUUACAAUCCAAUAAUCUUCUAGUGCAGGGGUAGUCAACAUUUUAAUACCUAACACCCACUUUUGUAUCUUUGUUGGUAACAUUUCCUUACCGCCCACCAGUGCCACAGUAACAAAGUUUAUAGCACAAGUGCAAAUUUUUAUUUGUGUCUCAGGGGUGCAUAGCUGUGAAAAUCUAUCUUAAGAUCUUACCCUCCCGUCUUCUUACCUUUUACCAAGGAGGGGCACAUAAUGCUGCAAGCCCUGGUGGUCCAGUAGUGGCAUGUUCACUUUAGCCUGCAGCUCCUCCAGCUGCAGGCUGACUCUCCUGUCCAGGCACAGCACUGUAUGGGAGCGUUGUCAUAGUAAUACAAAGCCUCCCAGGUCCAUCCUUCCCUCUGCUGGAAUGAAGUGCCCAGCCAUUUAACGUGUCCCGUUUUAGCUUUGAUAUCCUCAACGGCCUGAGAGAGCUUACAGCAAGACUGGCUCUGCAUGGGCAGGCAGGGGAAAUGAAAGUAUCUCCCCUGCCGGCCUUGGUCCACGGCCAUGAAGGCCCACUGAGCAUUUUCUGCCAAACCCACCUGAAAUCCCAAAUCGCCCACUAGUGGGCGGUAGGGACCAGGUUGACUACCCCUGAUCUAGUGGGAAAACAUCCUAAAAGACUUAGUUUACUACUAUAAUGGAAAAUGGUGUACUGACGCCCUUACCCAUAGAGUGAUAGAAUCAGAGACUGAUAAACUUGCAGUCAAUACAAAUAAAGCAUAAAAAAAAAAAAAACACUAAAAUUCCUGUAAAACAAGCAUCUCUCCCCAUCCCUCUCUCUCUAUAAUCAUUAAAGUAAGAAUAGUUGGCAUGCCAAGUGAAUUAUGUAAAUUUUAAAGCCAAAAUGGCCUGAUUUAGAAAUAAGUCUCCAAGACCGCUAUGGAUCCAUGACACUUUGGAGUCUUCCUUUAAAGCCAAAGUUUCCUGGAGGGGUGUAUUUCUUCUUCCCUAAAGUCUUCCAGGUGCCACACUGCACUACCUGACUGGUCUCACACAUGCCUCAUUCUCUAGUCUCCCUUAGUGGGAGGGCUUUGAAAUUCCAGGGUUAGGAUAAAUUCUCUCCCAAUAAAUAAAACUUAGCAAUUUGCCAAGGCUGGGGUGGGUGUGGAGACAGAUAGUGGAGAUGGGGAGAGAGUGAAGAGGAGGAGGGUGGGUGAAUUGGCAAGGAAUAUGUAAGUGAGUCAGCUAGAGAGAAGCUUCAGAUUUCAGGGGCUGGCCCUGUAGAUGGGAGUUACUUCCCUCCUUUUCAAACAGCAGAUACAGUCUGCUCCUCACUUCACUGAGCACAGCCUGCAGCUGAGAGCACUCUCCUCUACAAGGUGAGUUCAGUUUGUAAUUCUAGGAAUAUCAGGUCAGUGGGCACAUCUGGGACAUACUAAAAACUGCACUCCACGACUACCUAAAAGUGUUAAAUCAAUAACUACAGAGAAUACAAAUUGCAUAAUUAAAGUCGCAGAAUACUAACGAGAAUAAGGACAACACUGGAGAUGUAAUUUAUUGAGAAGUUAGUGGGUGCAUGUUAGAGUGCGCCUAUCUUGGCAUCAUGCAAACAUCAUCUGAGUCCAUUAUUUGGGUAUAGUAACCCUUUCAGUGCUGGAGCUGAAUUGUUACCGUUCUGAGAGUGUGGGCCAGGGUUUGGUGCAGUAUUUGGUUGAUAGUACAAGGGGGACUGGGUAGCUAUGGAAACGGGAGGAUGUUAUCACACACACGUUCCUCCAAAUUUUUCAAUAUAGAGCAAAGUUUAUACCUCAUUGAAACCUCCAAAUGUUUAUUUUAGAAUAUGCUUAAUAUUUUGCUGGCAAAGAAUGAGAGGUGUAAUCCAACAAAAUAUGGCUGGCUGGUGCAGUAUGACAAGCCCCAUGGUUGUUUUAUUUUCUUACUAUGCCUGUUCUGGCUGCUUGUAGGGUGAGUUAAUAAGGCAUCUUUGUAACUAGACACUUUUUUUUAUCAGAGUAGGGCGAAGGUAGAUCCCCCUAGCUGUUACUAUAGACUGGAAAGGAUACAUUGGAGGUGCAGGGGAACACAUCUUUUUAUACACAGAAUAAAGUGUAGGCAAAAACUAACAGAUCAGAAACAGUGUUAACCUAGCAAGUCACACCUCCCAUACUAUCACAAGGAAGGCACAGUUCCUGGGCUCUUAUCACUAGCCUGGAGGCGGUAUCUGACCCUUAUUGUCACUGCAUGCUGUUCCUUUUAAUGGAAGUGGUGUUAAGGGCCUGUGACGGUACAUUUUGCACGGGGCACACUCCUUGCACCCUCUCUGCUAGGACACACCCUGUGCUGCUCCUCCUUCAGACAGGAUCUAAAAUCCCGUUUCUCCUCCCAGGUCCAGCCUCAUGUUAACCUGUUCACUGCCUGCAGGCUCUGUAACUCAGGUUAUACAUUACUAUCAAAGUGUGUAUAGGAGGGGAGAUAAUGGGUGAGGAUUAGAUCAGGACGUUGUAGUGGCGCAGUACACAGCUCAGCAGCCGGUGCAGCGUUCUAGAACCUCUGUUACAAUGUUGCAAUAAAGUUUGUCUGCAAGGGAGUGUCUGUCGGCUGACGCUGGAUAACGGGCUAAUCCCCAGGGUUCCAUAGUCCAGCAAUACCAGGGCUGCGUUGGAGGAGUUUAGAGACCACACCCUGCUGCUUGCUCGUAUCCUCUGUAAUGUACCAGCUGAGAGACAGUGCCCCUGCCCAGUUCAUAUUGCGAGCUAUUCACUAAAGAUCGAAUUGGGGGAUAUUCGAAGGGAGUUUCGAAUGCUGAGUCUUAAAGAAAGAAUUUCUAAUUCACUUAGUAUUCUCACUUUAUUAGAUAUCCCUGUGUGUUAAAAAGUGCAGACUGUGUCAUCAUCGCUUUUUUUUCUUUUUUACUGAUGACAAACAUGUUUGGUAACAAUUCUAUCCUGUUUACAUAUUUUGCACCUUAAAGAAACACUCAAAGUACCAUAACCACUUCAGUGCCCUACAAUGUAAGUAGUCAAACCGCUUGGUCACAGUUUUACUUAAUUCACGGGUCCGCUGGACGCUGCUCCCCUCCGCAGCUGAUCACUCUCAGCCAUUGAGCUAAGUCCUGCACCUCCAGAGAGCUUCGAGGUAGAAAGGGAGUGGCACACGGCGGGCAACAGCUACGAGGUCAAACAGCUACCUAAUGCAUUGACUACUUACGUGGGGGCCACCAUUAUCACUACAGUGCGCUGUCAUGGUUGUGGUGCUUAGAAUGUUCCCAUCAUAAAAGACUGCACACAUAAUCAGCUACGUUUUCAAAUCUUGCAAGACUUUGAGUUCAAAUACAUUUAGAUCCUGACAGCAGAUCCACUAUUGACAAGCAUGCUCAGGGUGUGACUAUCUAUAAAUAUAUAUAUAUAUAUAUAUAUAUAUAUAUAGAUAUAGAUAUAGAUAUAGAUAUAUAUAUUUAUUUUAUUUAUUUUUUUCUAUGCGAACCCAUUGUUCAGUGCUGCAGAAAUAAAAUAACGAUAUUAUGCCAUAUUGGUCCCAGAGACGGCUGUUAUGGUUGGUAUAUAUUUUAGUGUAUAACACACAGAGCAGUGAAGGUGUGAAUAUUCCAUCUUACCUCUUUCCUGUUCACACCUCAGGCUGUAGGCAAUGCAUUAAUUGGUUUCCUGCACUGACUAAUUUUCAUGUACAGUUUACUCUUGUCACCCUUUCAUUUAUGAUAUCUGAAUUCGAGAACUCUGAGGCUUUUGAAAAGUUCUGUUACCCACCAUCUUGCUCUAUUAGUAUUUGGGCCACAAAAAAUACCUUUUAAGUCACAGGCUACAGAGGUAUUAUAGAAAAGGCUGUAAUUAGUGCUUUACAUACACAAUGAAAACAAAUACAGUUCUAGAUAUUGCUAGUGUCUCAGCCUAUAUAUGGCAUUAGCGGUCACAAGGGAUGCUACAUGGAGAUAAAGGCAGACAUUAGAAAUAUAGUGCAUGAGCCGACAAUGUGGGUUCCUGCAUUAAGCCACUUGAGCAGGCCAGAAUUCGACAACAGCCCCUAUCAACAUCAUUACUCCGCAGCACUGUAUAAUGGCUGGAUCUGACGCACAGUAAAUUCAGUAACACAAGUUUGACGUAUAUGAACAAGAGGGUCCUCUUCGACCUAUUGUUCCUGUAAGUUUUCUUGUAAUUGUCCAAUUUAUAGUUAAAUCCCCCCUCUCAUAAUGUAAAGCGCUACUGAAUCUGUUGGUGUUAUAUAAAUGGCAAUAAUAAUAAUAGUGGAAACCCUUCAGAAAUUAACUGUGUGGUGACAGCUGGCAGUCAGUUAUUCAGAUACGACUUAGGGCAAAGCAUCAUUGGAGUUGUGGUUUUACAACAUCUGGGGUUCUAGCUUUUAGGCACCUCUGAUUUAGGGCAUAUGCUACCUACACAUACCUCUGGAAUUGAUGUCAAUUAUCUGGCUGAGGAUCAUGGGUGUUGUAGUUAGCAGUAACCUUUGUCCUGCCCUUUAGCUACAAUGAUGUAUUUCAUCUGCUUUGCUUUCAAAAUGGGUGUUACUCUCAUUAUUAUUAUUAAUAUUAUUAGAUAGCUAUCACCUCUUGAGUAAAUUGAUUAUUAUCCCUUUAAUGGCCAGUGAUAUUUUCUGCUCCCAUCACAAACUGGUCCUUGAAAACCUUUUGCAAAUGUGGAAUGUUCUGUUUAUAAAGCAUCAGCACAUCCGCAUGGCACUGAUGUAACUGGAUAACCAAGGAAGUCCAUUUUGGAAUAGGGUCUUUAAAGGACUUAUUGUUUUGACAGCAUGGACCGUUACUGGUCAUUUAAGGGGUUAAGGUGUUUUCAGUUGUGUAAAUCCUAUGACUUCAUAUUCAGUGUAAAGGGAGUGGUACCUUUUGCUGCAGCAACAGUUCAGUUUUGCAGGGUUUUUUUUGCCAGGAUUAUUAUGGGAUAUCUGUAUUCCACAAAACUUUCAAUGGGCUCUGAAAGAGAAAAGAGAUUAUUUCCAGUAAAUUUACCGGUAUAUGUGAUAUCACAGAUCACCCAGCAGCUCUGGGACUAUUAGAUAUAGCCAAUAUAAAGGCAGCAUAACAGAUAUAUCAGAGUUUCGGUAAACCAGCUUUGAAAGCAGAGUUGGUCCUGCGACUCGUUGGGUGUGGCAGUGAUUGGAAGCUCUGCUGCAUAGAGAUUCUCUGCAGAUUACUUGGGAUUUGAAAAAUAUUGUUAACAUUGAAAGUCCUACAUUCAACCAAAAUCACAUUUGUUUUUGUUGGAUAGGAAAAUAUUUUAGGUGGGGCUUCGGUUGUAUUACCUGUGGUGACCAAUUGGAGAGAGGUAGGUACCUUGCAAGGUGACCCUGGAGCAAGCUGCGUUGAUAGAUUGGAUUAGGGUAGGUACCCUGUAAUGUGACCAGCUGUGGGUAAAGAUUGAAUAGUGGUAGGUAUCCUGUAAUGUGACCAGCUGUGGUGAUAGAUUGAAUAGUAGGUAGGUAUCCUGUAAUGUGACUAGCUGUGGUGAUAGAUUGAAUAGUAGGUAGGUAUCCUGUAAUGUGACUAGCUGUGGUGAUAGAUUGAAUAGUGGUAGGUAUCCUGUAAUGUGAUUAGCUGUGGUGAUAGAUUGGAUUAGGGUAGGUAUCCUGUAAUGUGACUAGCUGUGGUGAUAGAUUGGAUAGUAGGUAGGUAUCCUGUAAUGUGACUAGCUGUGGUGAUAGAUUGGAUAGUAGGUAGGUAUCCUGUAAUGUGACUAGCUGUGAUGAUAGAUUGGAUAGUAGGUAGGUAUCCUGUAAUGUGACCAGCUGUGGGUAAAGAUUAAAUAGUGGUAGGUAUCCUGUAAUGUGACUAGUUGUGGUGAUAGAUUGGAUAGUAGGUAGGUAUCCUGUAAUGUGACUAGCUGUGGUGAUAGAUUGGAUAGUAGGUAGGUAUCCUGUAAUGUGACUAGCUGUGGUGAUAGAUUGGAUAGUAGGUAGGUAUCCUGUAAUGUGACUAGCUGUGGUGAUAGAGAGUUAGGUAUCCUGUAAUGUAGCUGUGGGUAAAGAUUGAAUAGUGGGUAUCCUGUAAUGUGACUAGCUGUGGUGAUAGAUUGGAUAGUAGGUAGGUAUCCUGUAAUGUGACUAGCUGUGGUAGGUAUCCUGUAAUGUGACAAGCUGUGGUGAUAGAUUGGAUAGUAGGUAGGUAUCCUGUAAUGUAACCAGCUGUGGGUAAAGAUUGAAUAGUGGUAGUUAUCCUGUAAUGUGACUAGCUGUGGUGAUAGAUUGGAUAGUAGGUAGGUAUCCUGUAAUGUGACCAGCUGUGGUAAAAGAUUGCGGUAGGUACCCUGUAAUGUGACCAGCUGUGGUGAUAGAUUGGAUAGUAGGUAGGUAUCCUGUAAUGUGACUAGCUGUGGUGAUAGAUUGGAUAGUAGAUAGGUAUCCUGUAAUGUGACUAGCUGUGGUGAUAGAUUGGAUAGUAGGUAGGUAUCCUGUAAUGUGACCAGCUGUGGUGAUAGAUUGGAUAGUAGGUAGGUAUCCUGUAAUGUGACCAGCUGUGGGUAAAGAUUGAAUAGUGGUAGGUAUCCUGUAAUGUGACCAGCUGUGGUGAUAGAUUGAAUAGUGGUAGGUAUCCUGCAAUGUGACAAGCUGUGGUAAUAAUUGAAUAGAGGUAGGUACCCUGUAAUGUGACAAGCUGUGGUAAAAGAUUGCGGUAGGUACCCUGUAAUGUGGCCCGCUAUGGUGAAAGAUUGGGGUAGGUACCCAGCAAGGUGACCUGCUGUGGUAAAAGAUUGGGGUAGGUACCCUGAAAUGUGACCUGCUGUGGUAAAAGAUUGGUGUAGGUAUCCAGCAAGGUGACCUGCUGUGGUAAAAGAUUAGGGUAGGUACCAUGCAAUGUGACCCGCUGUGGUAAAAGAUUAGGGUAGGUACCCAGCAAGGUGACCCGCUGUGGUAAAAGAUUGCGGUAGGUACCCUGUAAUGUGACCCGCUGUGGUAAAAGAUUGGUAUAGGUACCCAGCAAUGUGACCCGCUGUGGUAAAAGAUUAGGGUAGGUACCCAGCAAGGUGACCCGCUGUGGUAAAAGAUUGCGGUAGGUACCCUGUAAUGUGACCCGCUGUGGUAAAAGAUUGGUGUAGGUACCCAGCAAUGUGACCCGCUGUGGUAAAAGAUUAGGGUAGGUACCCAGCAAGGUGACCCGCUGUGGUAAAAGAUUGCGGUAGGUACCCUGUAAUGUGACCCGCUGUGGUGAUAGAUUGGGGUGGGUACCCUGUAAUGUGACCCGCUGUGGUAAAAGAUUGGGGUAGGUACCCAGCAAGGUGACCCGCUGUGGUAAAAGAUUGGGGUAGGUACCCUGUAAUGUGACCCGCUGUGGUAAAAGAUUAGGGUAGGUACCCUGGAAUGGGACCCGAUGUGGUAAAAGAUUGGGGUAGGUACCCAGCAAGGUGACCUGCUGUGGUAAAAGAUUGGGGUAGGUACCCUGUAAUGUGACCCGCUGUGGUAAAAGAUUAGGGUAGGUACCGUGCAAUGUGACCCGCUGUGGUAAAAGAUUAGGGUAAGUACCCUGAAAUGUGACCCGCUGUGGUAAAAGAUUGGUGUAGGUACCCAGCAAGGUGACCUGCUGUGGUAUAAGAUUAGGGUAGGUACCCUGUAAUGUAACCUGCUGUGGUAAAAGAUUGGGGUAGGUGUCCAGCAAGGUGACCCGCUGUGGUAAAAGAUUGGGGUAGGCACCCUGUAAUGUGACCCGCUGUGGUGAUAGAUUGGUGUAGGUACCCAGCAAGGUGACCUGCUGUGGUAUAAGAUUAGGGUAGGUACCCUGUAAUGUAACCUGCUGUGGUAAAAGAUUGGGGUAGGUGUCCAGCAAGGUGACCCGCUGUGGUAAAAGAUUGGGGUAGGCACCCUGUAAUGUGACCCGCUGUGGUGAUAGAUUGGUGUAGGUACCCAGCAAGGUGACCUGCUGUGGUAUAAGAUUAGGGUAGGUACCCUGUAAUGUAACCUGCUGUGGUAAAAGAUUGGGGUAGGUACCCAGCAAGGUGACCCGCUGUGGUAAAAGAUUGGGGUAGGCACCCUGUAAUGUGACCGCUGUGGUGAUAGAUUGGGGUGGGUACCCUGCAUGGUAACGUGGUGGCAGUGCAUGUUAAGUGACCCUGUGGACUAGUUUGAGUGAGGGGGACGUUACAGAUUGUAGGUGGUGACGGCGGCCAGCUGUAUGAGUAGAUGUGAUGGUGUCGGUGGCGAUGCACCUUGCCAGGACAUACUGUGUAAUAGUUUGGAUGAGUUCCACACUCUGCGCGGUGACCCUGUGUACAGACAGUGAAUUUCCCAUGGAGAGUGUUUAUCUCUGGGUGGUGAAUGGGGUGAGGCAUUCUGAAUUCCUGGGAUUCCUGGAAUUAUUCCUGAGAACAGAUAGUCAUUGGUGGAAUGGGAGCCCCACCUCACCUGCUCCUGGAUGCCAUUCCUCACUGAUUCUCAAUAUAUCGCAUAGAGCCUGCGGUGAUUAUGGGUCCACGUUGCCCUUUAUGUAUUGUACACUGGGAUGCAGCCUCUGGCAGAUUUCUGUGGAAUACAAUUCAUAUUAUCCUCUCCAUGUUCUUCUCCCUACUCUUCCCAUUACAUUUGUAUCUCUAUUAAUAGCUGCUACAUCUUUAUCAAUCUACUCCCAGGUACUGGACUGCUGAGGGGUUUAAACAAUCUUUAUUUAUACAGUGGAAAACAAACAACAACACACAAUACAAAGCAUGCAUUCAGUAAGAGGUGUCACCUGGUUUAGUACUGUACUUGACAUGGAAACAUUUCUUUGGAAGAUGGGAAAUAAUGGAAAUUAGUGUUCCAUAGAGUAUAUUAUUCCCCCCUUUAGUAAGUUUCCAUCUACAGCGAAUACAAGAGCCCACGCCUGCUUCACUGCCAGUCAGAUAUGACCAUCACCUGAGGCUGGAAAGAGGGUGGGUUACAGGGGUGCAGGCUAAGCACUGUGUAACUAUCUUAUAGUGAGAGUUGCCAGGAAUUCAAAGUGGAUUUCACACAUUUAGGCCAAAAUAGCGGAUUUUGAAAAAUUCUCAGUCAGUUUUCAAUUUGACUAUUUUGGCCUUAAAUUUGUAAUUCAUUAUGCAUUUAUGGCAAAUCUCACCUUGUUUGUGUGCAACAAAGUCCUCAGAAAAGGAAGGGAAUUGAGGAGCAUGAGUAAGGGCCCAUAGGUCAACACAUUUAUUUUGUAAAGGCCCCACUGUGUUGUCCUUGGGAGGUCGAAUGCAUAGGUUUUUUGUUUUUGUGUGUGUGUGUGUGUGUGUGUGUUUUUGUAUCUAGUUAUAGUUGUGUUUUUUUUUUUUUUAAAUGCACUCUGGGGACUGAUAUUAAAAUGUAAACUGCAUUCUUCACUUUAACCAGUGUAACAUACAAUUUUAAACUUGGACCAUUUCUUUACCCAAACUCCCAUAUAAAUAAACAAUCUUUAAUACUGCCAUAGAUUUACCUUGUAUACUGGUAUCCCUUAUUAUAUGGCUUAUUCACUAAACUCUGGAUUUAAUGAAGUGAAAUCCGUAGGCAGAACCAGCUGUUCAGGAAAACUCCUAUAACUUUGCUAUAAUUACAGCUGGUCUAUUUUAACCUUAAUUUUGAUUUUACUGUGUAACAAUGAAACCCUUAAGUCUUCCUGAUAAAACACUGUAUCCACACCCUAUAUUUAUCAGGUCAGUUCAUUGUCUUCCCCUGAAAGGGGUACUGGGAGGUCAGAAUAACUGGACAAGGAACAGCAAGGCUGGAAAAACAUUCUGGGCUUAAAGUAUUGUUUUUGGAACUAUUGUAAUGUUAAAUAGGGGCCAUAACACUGGUGCAAUCAUUACAUGGCUUAGGUUAAUAACAGUGCCUCUCCCCCUUCCAUCCUCAGUACUGCCCUUACUGAUAAAUCUUAUCAACAAAAAUCAAUUCAUGUAACAUCUCACAUGCCCCCACUGACAAAAACAUUUAUGGGAGGGGGCAGCCGUCCGUUGGCCCACUAGCAUAUAUGGGUUGUGGCUUCAGGUGAAUUAAAAUAGCUGGAUAUACACAGGGAUUCAGGGAAUAUGAUGACAGAGUACUGUAGGGGUUAAUAAGAAGGCAGGUUUUGUGUAGGUCCCUUGCUAGCCCAAUACUAACAAGAAUUGUGCACAAGCUUAGGCAGAGGUGUCCAAUUGGUAGAUCCCAAGAUGUUUUAGAACUACAACUCCCAUGAUGCGUUGCAUGCCUUUAGAAUGACAAAGCAUCAUGGAAGCUGUAGUUUCAAAACAUCUGGGGAUCUACCUUUGGGCAACCGGGGCUAGUGGCUCACAAUCUCCGUGUUCUCCAAGCCUGCACUGGCCCACUAGCAUAUUUCCCAGUGGGUUGCAAUGUCUGGGGCUCACCUGGCUGACAGACUGUGAUGAGUAGAGUACGUAUGAAGUCUCAGGAGGUGUUUGCUAGUGACCGCAGGGUGAUAUGAGACAGUGCUCACUCCUAAAACACGCAGGCUGUCAUUGAUGGACAUGGAGUUAUGGCAAACAGUUUAUCAAUAUGAUAUGAGUUCUACAUCACACUGUGUAAAUCAGGCUUCCCCAAAUGUUUCUGAACUACAACUCCCAUGAUUCUCAGCCUGUUUCAUUCCUAGAAUCAUGGGAGUUGUAGUUCAGCAACACCUGGAGGGCCGGAGUUUGGGGAAGCCUGGUACUGUAGAUCAUAAGAAUGGAGGCAUCUGAUGUUACACUUUGUAACUCUAGCAGCGUCUGUUUGUCAAACCAGAGUAGCACCAUUCAGGCAGAGAUCUGCAAGUCUUGUGUGAAAAAAGCCCAUGCAUUUGUAUUUGCCCCUACUCCAAUGACAAAAAUUGCCAGCCUUCACCUGAUCAUCAUCUGAAAACAUUAAUUCUACUGGCUGGGUCUGGAAAUUAUUACUGAUCUUGGGUCGCCAUAACUCGGCGUGGCACGGAAACUGGAUGGAUGUCAGCUACGGUUUCUAUUUAGAUGAUUGAGCAUAAUGGGAGUUGUAGUCCACACAGAUGUUUCAUUUGGAAGGGUGUGCGUGUGUCUAUGUAUGCAUAUGUAAAUAAACACACGUACACGCAACAACAGGCUGUACAAAAAAAUCAGACUGGCACAUACAGACGCUGCGUGGAUAGAUUGUGUAUACUAUGAUAUCAUUAAACCACAUUCUAAGCUUCAAGUUAGGGCGGGUGACCUCGCUUCCUCUUUCCUUCUCCAGGUGCCUGAGGGAUGAGACAUUGGUAGUCACACUCACGGGGUUAAAACAGAGGGUGUUUCUGAAAGAUACAUAUUACAAGUGAUGAAUUAUUGCUUUUUUCCGGAGCCACACCCUGCUUUUAGGGGAAGCUGGGCAAAGCGCUCUCUGUCUGCAUAGAUACAGCGGGUAACACAUGCCCUUACACCCACCUCUUUACAAGUGGGCAUCAUGCCCUAAUAUUGCUUUAAAUUAGAGUUUGUAAACUUUCUUCAAAACGGAUGCAUCUGGUUUAUACAACACUGUACGGCAGUAGCACCUCUAAGUUAGUGACUAGUGGCAACAAAUCGGACAACUCCCCAAUCAGAGGGUGAAAGAUAAUCUGAGUAUAUGUGUUGGGCUACUCGGUGAUACAGAGAAUUAUUCAGUGGGUACAUAUGCACAGUGAUCACUUCCUUUAUUUAUCCUGGCAGAACGCUCGUAGCUUCCUCUGCUCACUAACUGAAUUAGAAUAAUUCCUACCAAAGUAACAACCGGCAAAUUGAAGAUUAGGUUUACAUUAGAUGCACUUUAAUCCAUUGGGAUAAUAACGGUCUCACAGUACUAACCUCCUGGAAACAUAUUAUUAGAGGGAGUGAAUUGUAGCCUAAAUGUUCAGCUUUAGCAGCACACAAGCUGCAGGGAGUGCUUAGGGCAAUAUCUGUUAUUUGAAUGUAGGUUUAAGUACCAGCUAAUGAAUGAGAUAUUGCAGAACCGCUCCACAUAGUGCAACGCUUUAUAUUCAUAUAAAACAUUUGUUAAUGACGGGGAGAUUUUAUUAUAUGAAUAAACAUACCUUGGGUAAUUGAGUUCAUAGAUGUCAAUGGGAGAACUGCUAUUACAGUUUUUCCCCGAAAAUAAGCCCUAGUUGCUAGUUCGCUAAUCUAUGUUCGGGGAAUUUUCCCCCAACAUAGAUUUGCAGGGUUCCAUGCCAUAGUGAACUGGUCUAUUUUCGGGGGAAUUCCUCAAGACAAUGUAGAUAAUAGGGAACGUUUAGAAGCGGGGCUUAAAGGACCACUAUAGUGCCAGGAAAACAUACUCGUUUUCCUGGCACUAUAGUGCCCUGAGGGUGCCCCCACCCUCAGGGUCCCCCUCCCGCCCGGCUCUGGAAGGGGAAAGGGGUAAAAACUUACCUUUUUCCAGCGCUGGGCGGAGAGCUCUCCUCCUCCUCUCCGCCUCCGUUACGCCCCGCCGGCUGAAUGCGCACGCGCGGCAAGAGCUGCGCGCGCAUUCAGCCGGUCUCAUAGGAAAGCAUUUACAAUGCUUUCCUAUGGACGCUGGCGUGCUCUCACUGUGAUUUUCACAGUGAGAAGCACGCAAGCGCCUCUAGUGGCUGCCAAUGAGACAGCCACUAGAGGAUUAGGGGGAAGGCUUAACCCAUUCAUAAUUAUAGCAGUUUCUCUGAAACUGCUAUAAUUAUGAAAAAAUGGGUUAACCCUAGAAGGACCUGGCACCCAGAGCACUUCAUUAAUGGUUGGGUUUAACAGAUAUGGUCAGGUUGACUGAUAUCUGCUCAUUUCUAUCUUACAGGAAGCACAUUAGAAAUCUGCAAAAAUGGUGGUCCCUUCUGAACUGGAACAUGCGAUGGAGACAUUCAUGAUGACUUUCCAUAAAUAUGCUGGGGGCAAAGAUUACUUGAACAGAGAUGAUCUGCAGAGGCUAAUGCAGAACGAAUUUGCAGAGUUCCUGAAGGUGGGUCUAAGAUACCGUUAUUGUGGGACACGUUGGGAAAUCUGUAUAUAAGGCAAUUCUGGGGUAGAUUACUAAAAAUGGAUUAAUCAGACUCUGGGCAAGAUUUGUCAAAGUAUUGUGUUCUAAAAAAGUGGUGCAAAAAUGUAAAAGAAGACUGAGUCACUGAUGGAAUGUGGCUGCUGGUUUCCAUGGUGAUCGCACCACUUUUAGAAUUUUAGAUCACUUUUUAGAGCGAAACACUUUGAUAAAUCUUUCCAUAGUAACUUCAUCUGCUAUUAGCACUUUGCCGCAUAAAUGCCUGAUUAUAAAACACAAAAUCCACAGGCUAUACUGAUAAUGAGCAGACAUAAAUAUAUAGAGCUCAGAAAAACCUCUGUCAGCCACAUGCUGCCUUUUUGGAAGCCAGAGGUAUCUGGGAGCUCUUGUCCAUUUCCAGCUGGUAAGCCAUGGCUGACUGCUCCGUCAUUAAAGUAUAAAGGCCUGCAGUGUCCUCUGGUAGCCAUGUAUGAUUUACUAAUAAAGUCAUCUCAUAUACAGGUCUCUAUACCUCUGAUAAGCCUUUCCAUAAAAGCUCAAUUCUGACUUGAAAUAAGACAGGCUUCUCCUGCAAGCCCCAUCAUGUCUCUCACUAUAGAUUUAUGAUUUUACACCUUCCCUGGGUGUAACCAGUGUGGGGUGAAGAACAAGGUAAAAAAUUGAAGCCAUGAAUUGUUGGGAAAUCAAAGUGCAUUUAAGGUCAAAGUAAGCAAGACCAUAGCUGACUUGGAGAAUUUCUCCAGUUUCACUAUUUUGGCCUUAAAUGUGAAAUUCAUGUUGACUUUUCAAUAGUUCUCACUUUUGGUCAAUGCCCCUAUUAGAGUGCAAGAUGUUAAUUGUGACCUAUUGCAGAACAUGCAGCAGGUGUGAAACAUAAUGUCUGUAUGUUGCAUAUCUCUCUGAGAAGGGGAUGCUGUACUAUGAGUGGCUGUAAUCACUUCUCUUUACUUUUAUUUUCCCAAACUAAUGUAAGCUAGGAAUGCCCCACCCAUAACAUAAUAAUGUUACUGAUAACAUUGUCCAAUGGCCUGAUGAGUGGGGUGUCAAACAAAAAAAAAUGUGGAUCAGGGCUGAAGAAUUUUUUUUUUUUUUUAGAAGGUGCAAUCUUACUUGAGCACAGCUGUCUUAGUCCACUGGUUACUUUUUUUUGUCGAAACAGAUGUCCAUUGUACCCUAUUAUUGUUGUAUCAUCUGGUUAUUUUGUAACACUUGAAUUCAUAUUCAGCUAGCACCGGUCAAUUAGUAUUACUACUUGUAUAGAAAGGGGAUAUUUGACAGGGUGAGUGGUAAAGAUGAAGAAGGCUUGCUCAAACAAGGUGUGUGUGUGUGUGUGUCUGUCUGUCUGUCCGUCUUACAAACACUUCCCUAACCAGCUGAUAUUUGAUGCUGAGAAUAAGUGCUAGCCUAGGUGGGCAGGGGAACAACCAAACCGUAGUCCCCCUACCCUGGCCAGUGAAGAGAUAAAAUAAAUAACUAUCUAUUCACUUUACAUUUUCUGAUUACUGACCAAAACCUCUUCUCUCCAAACCAGAACCAGAAUGACCCACUGGCUGUGGAUAAAAUCAUGAAGGACCUGGAUCAGUGCCGUGAUGGCCAUGUGAAUUUCCAUAGCUACUUCUCUCUCAUGGCAGGCCUUGUCAUCGCAUGCAAUGACUAUUACACCCGACAUAUGAAAAAGUGA